AUGUCGAGCUCUUCGUCUGCUGGCCCAGGACAUAGCCCUGAACCGAAGCCCCCAGAUAAGUACAAGCGAAAGCUCACCGAUGCGCGGAGGGAACAAAACCGGCGAUCACAACGCCUCUGGCGAGAAAGGCAGAGGCAACGUCGAGACGAAGAGAUCAAAGCCAAGGUCGCAGAGGAAUUAUCAAAGCGCGAGAGGGAACAUGCACAGCAGCUCUCGACCGCCGAGCACCUGGCCUCCCCAGCGGAACCGUUGGAGACUGGCGAUGGCUCAUCUAACACCAUUCUAAAAGCCCCCACUGACGAAAUAUCGAUAGACGUGGGCACCGACGAGGGCGCAAACAAAGUGCCAACGCUCCCAGAGCCAAUUCUUCCCCUGAGAGUGGCGGUCUACUACUACGUGCCACCAAUCCCAGACGCUCUAGACAUGCGACACUCUUGGCCCGUCCCCGACGAUGUCGACUCUAAGACAUAUACGCUUCCACCAGGCUUUACUCCACGAGAAAGCCCGCUGAGCGCUCUGUCUCCCUCCGUGUCUCCCAUGAGACAGCUCUCACCAUUUCAAUAUUCCCCUCAGCCUUCCCUCGGCUCUCGCUCGUCAGCAUCUAGAAGUAUAUCACGAACACGACCAUCCCUCCCGUCACCCUAUAAGAACCACCUUCAACUGGUUGGAGAAUCAUGUUUCGCGGCAACCAUGUCCAUCGCUCAGAGCCUAGGUAUAUCCGUUGUUUCAUAUGUCAACGACCACCCGUCUCCGUUUUCAACCACUUCCAAUGCCAACAUUCACACGAUCCCGGUCGAUCUCCGACCCACCGCCCAUCAACUCAUCAUUCCUCACCCCUCAUACCUGGAUUGCAUUCCUUUCCCUCAUUUCCGGAGCAUGGCCAUUUACCUCUCGAGCGCCAAGAGGCUUGACCACAUGAGCCUCUUCCUUGACCUGAUGCACGACGGCAUGGUCUGCUGGGGUCGGGAGCGUGCCAAUGGCAACUUUGGGCGGAGCAUGCGGGAUGGUGUGGCUUGGAACAAGAGGAGUUGGGAAGUCAGGCGGUGGUUCUGGCGUAAAUGGAGCUGGAUUGCCAGGAUGACCGUCGAGGACAUUGACAGCGGCGUGAUCUCGCAUCAAACCGCGGAGGAAUUCGACGACGAGGACGGCAUGCUGAGCGGCAGCCAAUGGUGGUGGUCUCUCCAUGACGAUGAAGAAGGCCUUUUGCCCACUGAAGCCGCAGCGUCAAGUUCGUCCGAAGUCCCUGCCCAGGAACCGGAGGAGCUGGGCAGCUUCCUCAGCCGCCACAUGGUCUGUAAUGUCGGGAUACGCCAGACGAACCAGAAUCACUUGUUGAUGAAUUGGGAUUGA